CAUGAGCGCCGAAGCACCGAGGAGUAACCGAGCCUGAAGCUGAAUUUAUUUUGUUCGUGUGCCGCUUUGCACUGCGAGAGUGUGCGUGCGCGACAAAGCUGCCAGAGAGAAGAAUCAAGAAGAAGGUGUUUCUGCAGAGUCCAGUCCUCUGUGGUUGUUGGUGUUUUUCUACUGUAAUACAAACUCAAGACGCACAGCCUUGAGGCACCUGCUGUGUAAAGUUACUUCCUGCUCGUAGGUGGCAGUGAACUAACGCAAGGAGCUAAAAGAUGGACCAGAACAACAGUAUACCACCCUUCCAGGGGCUGGCCUCCCCUCAGGGUGCCAUGACCCCAGGCAUGCCAAUCUUCAGUCCCAUGAUGCCGUAUGGUUCAGGCCUGACACCCCAGCCCGUCCAGAACACCAACAGUUUGUCUAUACUGGAGGAACAGCAGAGGCAACAACAGCAGCAACAGGCGCAGCAGGCAAACACAGGUCUUCCUGGAACGUCGGGGCAGACCCCGCAGCUUUACCAUUCCCAGACUGUUGCAGGCACGACCACCACAGCGCUGCCAGGAAACACCCCGCUCUACAACACCCCGCUCACCCCCAUGACCCCUGUCACACCGGCCACACCAGCCUCGGAGAGCUCUGGAAUAGUACCACAGCUGCAGAACAUAGUAUCUACCGUAAAUCUGGGCUGUAAACUGGAUUUGAAGACCAUCGCUCUGAGAGCCAGGAAUGCAGAGUACAACCCAAAGCGUUUUGCUGCCGUCAUCAUGAGAAUACGAGAACCUCGGACCACUGCUCUCAUCUUCAGCUCUGGGAAGAUGGUCUGCACUGGAGCCAAGAGUGAGGAGCAGUCGAGGUUAGCUGCAAGAAAAUACGCUCGUGUGGUGCAGAAGCUCGGUUUUCCUGCCAAGUUCCUGGACUUCAAGAUUCAGAACAUGGUGGGAAGCUGCGAUGUGAAGUUCCCCAUUCGGCUGGAAGGAUUAGUUCUCACACAUCAGCAGUUUAGCAGCUAUGAACCGGAGCUGUUUCCAGGAUUGAUUUAUAGAAUGAUCAAACCCAGAAUCGUCUUGCUCAUCUUUGUCUCUGGGAAGGUUGUACUCACAGGCGCCAAGGUGAGAGCAGAGAUCUACGAAGCGUUUGAAAACAUUUAUCCCAUUCUGAAAGGUUUCCGCAAGACGACGUAGAACCUGCAGCUCCAUCUUUUACCUUUAUGUCCCAAACGUUGACUCUUUGUACUCAGUUUUUUUUUUUUUUUUUUUUGUAAUUCACAAGAAGUGUCAUCUAUAUGUUGACCUCAACAAGUGGACUGCUGUAAGGGCUGUUGUACAGGGAUUUUUUUGUGCCCCCUCCAGAAUUUUUACUCUUUGUUUUCCUCUGUUCUAAUCAGAAGUGAAGACACCUCCAUUUAUUUCAGACCCUUUCUCAGCUUUUGCCCAGUUAUUUUUCUGUUAUCCAGAUCACAUCCCUGAUUGUACAUAAGACUGUAAAGAAAUGUAAAAAGCGCUGGUUGAAAGAGAAGCAGUCAGACCUUGAUUGCUUUUUGCUUUUAUUUUAAGCCAUUUUAAACAAGUUUUGUACGUUGCAUUUUUAUACAUUGUCCGCUCAGUCCCCAAGUUUUAUCAUGACAUGUCUGGGCCUGUCAACACCACAUUCCUGUGAGCAGUAUUUGCAAAGAUUUUAGCUCGAGUGACUUUAUCCCAAAAGAAAUCGGUCUGCUUUUUUGAGAAUUUCAUGUUAAUUAUUUUUUGCAUUCAAAUCCUGCAGAUUACAGUUCAGAUUAGUCCUGAUUACAUAAACGCUGGAUGUGGAUUUUCCUCUAGAUACAAACAUUUUGACACAUAUCAAGUCUGAUAAGCUGUAACUGAAGACAGAUGAUCUUAAAUUUUAGGUUGACAGAAGUUAAAUUGAUUGAAGUCCUACAGCUGAAGUCAUCAUCAGGUUGUUGGUUAGUUCUUUGAGGUUUGUCAGCUCAGUUAUGGCUACGUUUGUACCGAAACAUGAAGAAAAGAUUCUGCUGGUCCUAAACAGCCUCCUCUUUCACUUAUUUUAAAUUCACACAAUACAUCUUACAUUCACAAGCACUAAAAUCUGAAGGCAGAUAAACUAUGUGUUAUGUUGCUGUGUUUAUUGUUUUAAAGUUGUUGGGUUUUUUUGGCUGUUCAGAAUUAUAUUUAAAAGUUCUCUUGAAAAUUCUUUUGCGUGUAGGAAAAAGUGAAUCUUUGAUGGAAAAACUGACUUUGCUAUAUGCUCAGCCACACACCUGGCCACAAACGAGUUAAAUUUUGAGCACUUGUUGGUGAGAUAGUUCUGGUGACUGUCAGUUUCACCAUCUGUGUGUCUGCCACCUGACGCCUGUUUGGGCAGAAGAGAUUAAUACGGAUUUGCAUUUAAUAUUAAUUAAUACUUUCCUCAUUGAUUCUGAUCGGCGGCAGAGACAGGACGCCCCGUCACAUCUCAAUACAACUCUGCUUCUUCUGAAAUAGUUUAUGUGCUGCAUUGUGCAUUAAUAAAUGUGUACAUACUGA